CUCGAUCCUCACACCGAAAUCAAAACGCAAAACAGUGAAGGGGAAAAAUCAGCGAACCCUAGCUACACAGAUGGCGACCGGCGACGUGGCAGGCGGGGAGGCGGAGUCUGUGCCGGCGGCGGAGGAGCGGGACUGGUCGGAGCUGACGCAGGUGUGCCUGGCGGAGGCGUUCUCGCGGCUGUCGCUGGAGGACCUGUGGCGCGGCGCCAUGGCGUGCUGCCGCUCCUGGCGGGACGCUGCGCGGUCCCGCCCCGGGCUCUUCGCGGCGCUCGACCUCGAGCCCGGGUUCGCGUCGACCGUCGGCGCUGACGCCGCCGCGUGGUGGACGCCCGCGUUCCAGCGCCGCGUCGACGCCAUGCUCCGCUCAGCCGCGGCGCUCGCGGCCGGGGAGCUCCGGGAGGUACGCGUCCGAUACUGCUCCGACGACGCGCUCGCCUUCGCUGCCGAGAGGUCUAAAAACCUCAGUAUACUUUCCAUCAAAACUAGCCCGGGUGUAACUGAUCGAUCGAUGAUUACUGUUGGAGCAUGCUGCCCUAUGCUUACAGAAUUGGACAUCAGCAACUGCUAUGAGGUUUCAUACAAGUCACUAGAGGUGAUUGGUCAGAGCUGCCAGAACCUCAUGGUCUUCAAGCGGAACAUAUUCAACUGGAUCGACCCAUCCGAGCAUGUUGGUAUAGUUCCCGAGGAUUAUCUAAGAGAAUGUCCCCAGGAUGGUGACAGGGAAGCCAUUACGAUAUCCAAGUUCAUGCCAAAGCUGAAACAUCUCGAGCUAAGGUUCUCGAAGCUUACUGCUGUUGGCCUCAACUCAAUCCCAGGAGGAUGCAAGGAACUGGAGGUUCUGGACCUGUUUGGCUGCGCAAAUUUGACGAGCAGGGGAAUAGAUCAAGCUGCUGCUAACUUGAAGAAUCUGGAGAAGCUAGUGAAGCCCAACAUCUACAUACCUAGGUCCUCCUUCCACAUGGGUAGGUACGGGCACUGGCAAUUAUACGACGAAAGGUUCCAGACUAAUGUAUUUCAGAUAUAAAGUAGCCUCAAGGGUCACCUCAGGUGCUCCCUAUGAACCAUGACUAGUACUAUUUAUUAUAAAUUGUGCGUAUGUGCGUACAAAUAAUAACAAUAACUGUAAAUGCUUUGUACUGUUUUAUUUGUUUCAUUCGCAAAUAUAAAAUACCGUUGAUUCUGCUCCAGCUAUUUGUAAAGCUAUUCACAAUAAGCUAUGGCUUUGUUUAAUUCAUUGUAUAUGGAUACUUGCGAGAAA